AUGGCUCAUGUCAACCCCAUGCCUAAAUUCUACAAAUCGGUUAUGGAUGAUGUGAUCGAAGGAGUCCGGGAUGUCUUCAUGGAAGAAGGGGUCGACGAACAGGUCCUGAAAGAGCUGCAGCGGCGCUGGGAAAGUAAACUGAUGCAGUCGAAAGCGAUGGAAGGCUUCUUCCGGCACAGCAGGCACGUUGUGCCCCAGUUCACCUUGCACCUGCCCCACAAUUUCCACCAGACGCCAACAGGUGUUGCGGCUGUUCGAGGGAUUCGGCAGUUUGCUACUUCGGCGGCAGCGACAACAGGGGCAGGAGCAGCUGUGGAGCCUGCAGCAGAGCGAGGCUCUUCCAGGACCAGCAGUGCAUUUCUUACUUUGCCUUCAGGCCUUGCCUAUCCUAUUCAGAUACCUGCUGGGGUGACUCUUCAAACUGCUUCUGGGAAUCGAACCCUACUUUCCACAGUCAUAGUCCAGUGCUCAAACCACUGCAUCGUGUUGACUGUCUCAUAUUUACCCACAUUUAUUCCUUCCUUCCAGCUAAAUCCGAGUGUCCAGAUGGACCCUGAUAUGCAGGCCCCAAAGGAUAUAGCCACCGACCUUAAAACCAUCAUUCAGUUAGACGGGACGGGUGAUGCUUGCCCAAGGGCAGAAGUAGAAAGCCCACCUGUUGGGGGGGAGGAUGAGGAGCUUGUUGGCAUCAUUGAUGCCGACGAUCUCAAAGUCCUGGAUGAAGAAGAGGAUGAAAAUAGCACUUCAGACAAUCAGUCUCUCAGCAGCGCCAGUGACGCCGAUGACCCCUCGGUUGACAUCACUGAGGAGGACCCUUUAAAUUCCGGUGAUGAUGUGAGUGAGCAGGAAACUCCAGAUGUCUUUGACACCGAUAAUAUAAUUGUGUGUCAAUACGAUAAGGUUCAGCGAAGCAAGAACAGAUGGAAGUUCUAUCUGAAAGACGGCGUGAUGUGCUUUGAGGGAAAGGACUAUGUUUUUUCCAAAGCUGUCGGUGAUGCGGAAUGGUGAGGCAUCCGAAAAUACUGCAGUGCCGCUAUUAUUAUUGUUAUUAUUUAACUAAUUAAAGGAUGUGCUGUAACAUUCAUUGGGUAAAUGGCCACAUUGAAAAUCUUUUGUUCUGAAACACUGGCUGUGAAAAGAAACUUCGUGUGCAAUGCCUGUGACUAUAUAAAAGAAAUAAAUAUA